GGUCUGCUGGGCGGGGAGCAGGGGGCGUCUACCCCGCGGACAGGCAGAAGAGGCGCGCCCUGGAGGCCGACCACGUCCAGCGCGGGCCCCACUGGGCCGCUGCCUUAGACGGAGGAAUCCGCCAGCAACGAGGAACCCACAGGCCUGAGGGUAAUUUUGUGUGUAUUGGAGACCAGACCUGAAGCACUUCUGAAUUUAAGAUCCCCGAUUCUUCGAGGCGGCAUUGGACAGCGCUAAGAUCAGAAGAUGAGUGAACUUGACCAGUUACGGCAGGAGGCGGAGCAGCUUAAAAACCAAAUCAGAGAUGCUAGAAAAGCGUGUGCAGAUGCAACUCUCUCUCAGAUCACGAACAACAUCGACCCAGUGGGAAGAAUCCAGAUGCGCACCAGGAGAACGCUGAGGGGGCACCUGGCCAAGAUCUACGCCAUGCACUGGGGCACGGACUCCAGGCUUCUCGUCAGUGCCUCCCAGGAUGGCAAACUCAUCAUCUGGGACAGCUACACCACAAACAAGGUCCACGCCAUCCCUCUGCGUUCCUCGUGGGUCAUGACCUGUGCUUAUGCCCCGUCUGGGAACUACGUGGCCUGCGGUGGCCUGGACAACAUUUGCUCCAUUUACAAUCUGAAAACUCGAGAAGGGAAUGUCCGCGUGAGUCGGGAGCUGGCCGGACACACAGGUUACCUGUCCUGCUGCCGCUUCCUGGACGACAAUCAGAUUGUCACCAGCUCUGGAGACACCACCUGUGCUCUGUGGGACAUCGAGACCGGCCAGCAGACGACCACAUUUACCGGGCAUACCGGGGAUGUUAUGAGCCUCUCGCUCGCUCCUGACACCAGGCUGUUUGUCUCUGGUGCUUGCGAUGCUUCAGCCAAACUCUGGGAUGUGCGAGAAGGGGUGUGCCGGCAGACCUUCACCGGCCACGAGUCCGACAUCAACGCCAUCUGCUUCUUUCCAAAUGGCAAUGCGUUUGCCACUGGCUCGGAUGAUGCUACCUGCAGGCUGUUUGACCUCCGUGCGGACCAGGAGCUCAUGACUUACUCCCAUGACAACAUCAUCUGCGGGAUCACCUCCGUCUCCUUCUCCAAGAGCGGGCGCCUCCUCCUCGCAGGGUACGACGACUUCAACUGCAACGUGUGGGACGCGCUCAAGGCCGACAGGGCAGGUGUCUUGGCUGGGCACGACAACCGCGUGAGCUGCCUGGGGGUGACUGAUGACGGGAUGGCUGUGGCCACGGGGUCCUGGGAUAGCUUCCUCAAGAUCUGGAACUAACGCCGACAGCAGGUGGACGCCACGGUGACUGGGAGACCAUUCCACCCCGAAGCGUUACAGUGACAGCGUUUCCAGUCCACCCCCACUAACGCGGACGCCCUCCCCCCUCAGAACUUCAAAAGGGCAAGAUCUUUCCCUUCACUCAUUGCUGAAACCAAGAGCACAAUCCCCACCAAGACAAGAACCUGCUGUCACUCAGCGAGUCGUGCAUUCCUUCCGGGACCAUUGUCUUUGUUUUCUUUCUUGUCCUGAAUGAAUCUAAAAGGAAAUACUGUAAUAAAAACGUUAACCGGAACGUAAA